GAACGAAGAGGCAAGUAAAGUUAGCAAUGAAGCGUGGGCACAAGCAAGAAACUGCACGUGUGGUGCGCGGGCCGAGAGGCUAAUUCACCGGCUGCAGCCCGUGGUUCCCGGUUUUUAAGCAAACUGUCCCAAAAGCAGAGCUGUAGAGUAAGCCUUUGCCAGCGGAUAUGGCUUUUCUCUGCUCUCUCUCCCUUCCCUUUGCCCAUGGCGGUACGGCAUGUUUCCAUUGUCUUUAGUCUUAAGCUCUUCAAAAAAAAAAAAAAAAAAAAGGGAAAAAAGGGAAAAAAAAAUCCUCAUUUUUGCCUUAACCCAUUUUUCUGCGAUUUGGGUCUCAGUGUUUUAUUUCUCUUCUCAAUUUCUCUAGCUGCUCUUAGUUAGAUCUCCAGUAUAUAUAUAUUUUUCUUCCAUUUACUUGGUGAACUGUUUAUUUAUUUUCGAGUGGUUAAAAUCUUUGUUUUUUUUUUUUUUUUUUCCCCCUUGCUUUAUUUAUUGCACAUCUUUUUGUUCUGGUAAAGGGGUUGUUGAUUUAACCCUUUUCAAGCUUGAGCAUGAAGUGAAAGAAGUUUGAUUAUGUGUUUAUGAUGGUAAUGAUGCUCUUGACCAUAGAAAGAAAUCAGAUAAAGCAAAUAGAGAGAGAGAAAAAAAAAGGAACAGAUGUUAUGUAUCCACAAUAAAGAGACUAAUGUUGCUUAUGAUUGUGAAUGAGAAAGAAAUAAAACUUGGAGGAAUUUUUGCUUCUCUCUUUGUCCCUUUUCACACAUUUCAUGUGCAAGCCAGAUAUAAUGUUGCCCUGAAAGGAGCAUGCCAUUGCAGUGAUUUUGAGGGGGUUGGUGUUUUUUCUUUGUAAAGGGGUUUCAAAGAUGCCGGUGUUUCAACCCUCUAAGAGGGAUGGGGUUGUUGGAUUCGAUGGUGGUGGAGAUGGGCAUAUUCUAGAUCUGGAUACUGCUAUUAAAGAUGGGGUUUUGGGUGGCGUUGAUGGUGGGGUUGUGGGAGCUGGAGUUGGUGAGAAAUUGGAUCUGAAGAAGAUGAUUGAAGAGCUAGACUUGUCUGAGGUUCCCUCUGUGUUUAUCUGUCCAAUCUCACUUGAGCCAAUGCAAGAUCCUGUGACCCUUUGUACUGGCCAAACUUAUGAGAGGUCCAACAUUCUCAAAUGGUUCAAUUUGGGGCACCUCACUUGCCCAACUACUAUGCAGGAGCUUUGGGACGAUUCAAUAACGCCCAACAACACACUUUACCAUCUAACCUACACUUGGUUUUCUCAGAAGUAUCUGCUUAUGAAAAAGAGGUCGGAAGAUGUACAAGGCAGGGCUUCGGAGCUUCUCAAGACGCUGAAAAAGGUGAAGGGUCAAGCGAGGGUGCAAGCCCUUAAGGAGCUCCAACAAGUUGUGGGAGCCCAUGCCACAGCUAGGAAGACGGUGAUUGAUGAAGGUGGGAUUGCUCAAAUUUCAUCUUUACUUGGCCCAUUUACUUCCCAUGCGGUUGGUUCUGAAGCCAUUGCCAUACUUGCCAGCCUGAGCCUUGAUUCGGAAUCUAAAACGAACUUGAUGCAGCCCGCGAAGAUUUCGAUAAUGGUGGACAUUUUGAAUGAGGGGUCUAUAGAGACGAAAAUCAAUUGUACAAGGUUGAUUGAAACGCUGAUGGAAGAGAAGGAUUCUAGGUCGGAAAUAGUUUCUAGCCAUAGUCUACUAGUUGGAUUGAUGAGGUUGGUGAAAGAUAAGAGACAUAAAAAUGGAAUCUUGUCCGGACUUGGCCUCCUCAGAACUAUAUGUUUGCAUAAGGAAGUAAGAGGUUUGAUUGUGAGAAUUGGAGCUGUUUCUCAAUUGGUUGAAUUGUUGCCUGCUUUGGAUCCGGAAUGCUUAGAAUUAGCCCUUUUCAUCUUGGACACUUUGUCAUCUCUUCAAGAGGGAAGAUUAGCUUUGAAGGACUGUUCGAACACAAUACCGAAUAUGGUGAGGCUUCUAAUGAGAAUUUCAGAGAGCUGCACCCAAUAUGCAUUGUCAAUCUUGUGGUCUGUCUGCAAACUUGCGCCGGAGGAAUGCUCGUCGGUUGCUGUGGAAGCUGGUCUUGCGGCAAAGCUCCUCCUUGUCAUCCAGAGUGGUUGCAGUCUCGUGUUGAAGCAACGGUCUGCGGAGCUUUUGAAGUUGUGCAGUCUAAAUUAUAGCGAUACCAUAUUCAUUUCCAAGUGCAAGCUCACAAGAACAAUUCAAUGAUUGGAAAAAGUUUAUAUGGGUUUUGAGCACCACCCCUUGUUGUCUGGGAUAAUUAAAACGAUAACCUGCCUGAUCUAAUACGAAGAGUUUCAGAUAAACCCAAUUGAAUAGGGGUUUUUUGGGGUACAAUUCAGCUCUCCUGUACAUACUUAAAAAGUAUUUUCGUUCCGACAAUUCAUUCAACAUUCAUGAAGAAGAAUCAUAAUGUGGAUAUCACACAAUGGUUGCUGUAGCAGAAUCAUGUCCAUCUUUAUUUGCCAAUGUGCCCGUGGUAAUGUUUUUCCAAAUAAACCCUUGCGAGAAAGAAGAACGUUUUAAUUGUUUUUGGAUAAAGAUACUUGUUAGGAGGGGAAUUUGCGGGAAAAAAAAUUUGGAGCUUGCAAUAGCAAUUGUAAUUUUUAAGUCAUUGCUUUGCUCCAAUGUUCUAGUGUAAACUCUAUUUGUCCUUUGGGGUUCAAAAGCCUCCUAUUACCCUGUUGUUUUCGGUGAAAAGUUUGCUAUUGACCGCCCACAAUUGUAAAAACACUGCAGGGCCUUUUUGCUUUGUCCAUAAAUUUUUUUUUUUUUUUUGGAUAUGUAAACGAAAGCAACCAUCUUCAUUUUCCAUGUCUUUCUGCUUCUUCUACGUUGUACCAUGUUUUCAUCAAUAAUUUUGUCAUGUCUUUCGACUUAUCUUUUCUAAUUGGUCAGCUGCUUUUGCUUGUAAUAAUAUAAUAAUUUCAUCUUUCGUUGUUCUGUUCCGCCGAAUUUUCUGAGUCUCGUCUCACUUCAGUCGUUAAUCUUCUCAUCAAAAUGAAAAACUUAUAUUACUCUAUUAGAUCUGUAUCAGAAAUAGGGAGAGAGAGAGAGAGAGAGAAAGAGAGAUAGACUUGUGCUGGACUUUACUAAUUUUGGAUAUGACUAGACACGUAGGUGAAUGGGGUACUUCAUCUUAUCCGUAUGCAGAAGAAGUUGAGGGACAUGACCUGUUGUUACUUUCCACUUAAUUACUGCUCCAUUGAAAAGAAAGACAUGAAAGCUCAGGGCAUUCACUGAAUAGUAGAGUUUGACAAGGGAUAGCUGCUAUUUUGGUUUUCAAUAUUAGCUACAAAAUGUGAUGGCCGUUCACACUCUCAGAGUUCGCAGUGCAACUGAUGCUCAGAGAAUCUGAAAGCUUUUGUUCAAUCUUUUAGAUUGAAAAUGAAAUAUAUUGCCCUUCAACAAAAUCUUGUCUUAGAAAUCUUUUGGUUGGUUGUCUUUCUGGUGGAUUUUUAAUCUUAUAAAUUAUGGAAAUGGACCUCUUUUUUCUGUUUUU